AGCAGAAUGACAAUCUGUUUCGUGCUCGGCAGGAGUUGACGAACGCCAAGGCAGCGAACGUUGCCUUGGGCAAAGAGAAAGCUGCAGCUGAGGCGAUUGCGGUUAAAGCGCAGCAGGCGGAGGCCGGGGCCAUAAAGGCGUUUGAAGAGGCCAAGGAAGCCGGGGCGCGUGCUGCGAAGGCCCUGGAGGAGGCCGAAGAGAGGGAGAGCCUUUCUUCCAAGGCUCUUGAAGAGGCGAAUGCUGAGCGCGUUCGUUUGGAUAAAGUUGUUGCCAGCCUUCAGGCUGAGGUUCAGACCCGGGAGGUCGCGGUCACUGACCUCACAGCCCGCAUGACUGCAGCGGAAGAGCGGGCCAAUGUUGCCGUUGAGGCCAGAGAUGCUCUGACCUCUUCGUUUAACCAACUGGAGGCUGACCGUGAAUGGAUGCGGAGGCAUGGUAUCGCGCAUAUUGUUCAGGCCAUUAUGGAUGCUCCUGAAACCGCAGCUGGUUUGGACUUGGUCAAGCAGCGUGCUCGUGACGCUGGUUUUAAGGCUGGUUAUAGCCGCUGCAUUGGUCAUAUGAAUAUUAUGUCCAAGGGCGGUUAUACUGAAGAGCGGUCUGGGUUCCAUGGUGUGGAUACCGAGUCGCUUCUUGACGCGGCCGUAGCCUCCUUUUACGAUACGUCCCUUUCUUGCGUGGAGGAAUUGGACGACUGUUUAGAGGCUGCGGACUAUGUAGAUCGGCUGCGGAUGCUCUAUGCCGAUGCGGAAGAGGAAGAUCCCGCUGGUGGUGCUGGAACCAGUGGUACAAAAUAGGGUUUAGGUUGGCUAGUGUGCCCCCUUUUUGUCUUCCUCUUG